AUGUCAGUAUUUCUUAUAGCCCAGCUAGAGGCAAACUUUGAGGAAAUGGAGAAUCAUCUGUUGUGUCUUGAGGACCUAUGUGAGCAGUGUGAGUUGGAAAGAUACAAGUGUGUGCAGACAUUGCAGCUGGAAAACUACAAGAAAACAAAAAGGAAGGAACUGGAGACCUUCAAAGCUGAACUAGAUGCUGAACAUGCACAGAAGGUUUUGGACAUGGAGCACACCCAGCAGAUGAAGCUAAAGGAACGCCAGAAGUUCUUUGAAGAAGCCUUCCAGCAGGACAUGGAGCAAUACCUUUCUACGGGAUACCUGCAGAUAGCAGAGAGGCGAGAACCGAUUGGGAGUAUGUCUUCCAUGGAAGUGAAUGUGGACAUGCUGGAACAGAUGGACCUAAUGGACAUGUCUGACCAAGAAGCACUUGAUGUCUUCUUAAACUCAGGAGGCGAAGACAACAAUAUGCUUUCUCCCAUGCUGGGGCCUGACACCAACACCUACGUGAAUGAGAUAAGUCUUCAGGUCCCGAGCCAGUCUGAGUUACGACAAAAACUGUCUUCGCUGUCCUCAACCUGCACUGAUUCUGCCAGCCAAGAUGCAAGUGAAGGAGAGUCUCCAGUUGUUCAGUCUGACGAAGAGGAAGUUCAAGUGGACACUGCCCUUGCUGCUGUAACUGAAAGAAAGUGUGCUUCAGAUGCUAGUGAUGAAAGUGACUCUCAAACUAUUUGAAUCUUAAAACCAUAUCCUUUAAGAAUGACUUCUGAAUGAAUGAACAAGUGAAUGAAGAGCUUGCCUGUGUAACAAUUUGCUAACUGAGCAUAACAGCCAGAUCUUUUUACUUAGUAAAAACUGCCUUUUUACAAAAUUGCCAGUCAUAUGGAGGUUGGUUUUUAAAGAAAAAAAAAAUACGCCUAAAGCACACACACUUUAACAGUAGUCUUGGGGCUCAGGGGAGCAGUAAAACUGUUGUAUAUACUAUGUAUAAGAGAAUUAAAGGGGAAAGAUAGACGUUACUUUGACCACUAACCUUUAAAUGGCUGAUUGGAAAUACUUAAAGAGUUGAUGUGUAACACUGAACCCAAAUUGUUCCUUGCAUGUUUUCAGCUGCUGCAACUGAAGAUUUAGGAUCCAAACCAAAAUGAAAAGUUAUUUUCUACUCUUUACUACCUACUGUCUGCCUCCUGCCUUUGUCUACGAAUGCAGCAGUGUUUACUGUUCUCACACUUCUUAUUCAGGACCAACUUAGUUAUUGUAGGUGUUAAGGAAAAAAUAAGAACCUGAAAAGGAGGAGAGAUGCAUACUGAAAUGUUACACUCCUUGUGGAGCAGGUAUCUUAGCAUUGUGUAAACUCCUCUUUCGAGAUAAAAUAAAGUAUUUCUAUCCCAACCAUGUCUUUUACUUGACUACCCAAGUAUUUUAUCCAUGACAGUAUACAGAGGAGCCUAA